UCAAGACGAGACUCUCCACAGUGAAUCAACGCCCACAGUGAAGUCAGACACUGAGCAAACUGCAAGAAAAGCUCAUAAAGAACACUACGAGAUCUGGAGAGCUGAAGAUGUGACUGUCCAACGAUUCAGCAUUAGCCUCUGGUUCAAGAAGUCGAAGAGUCUGGGCAAACAAAUAAGACUGAUCCAGUAUUUUGCAUUGACUAAGCAGACACAGGUGAAGAUUCUCAAAAGUGAACCAGUAGAAAGACCAGGAUGGAGACCUACAUAACUCAAAUACACUGGAUUGCUCUUAUCAUCUCUCUCAAUGGUGUUCUUGCUGGUGAGUGGUCGGUGAAUGUUCCAAGUAAGAUUUGCACUGUGACUGGCUCCUCGGUGGUUCUACCUUGUUCCUAUGACAUUCCUGAAAGCAAAGAUGGACACCAGGUUGAAGUCAAGUCUGAAAUGUGGUGUUUAGGAAAUGAACACUGUAUUACACCAAGAUAUGUUUACCACAGUGCAGGCAUCUUCCUUGAGCCAUUGUACCAAAAUAGAGUUGAGUAUCUUGGAAAACUGGGAUCAAAGAACUGUUCACUAAAGAUUUCAAGUCUGCAAGAAUCAGACGGUGGAACUUAUGUUUUCUACCUCAUCACCAACCACACAACUGAGAAGAUGCCAGCGCAGAAGGGAAUUCAACUACUGGUGUCAGGUUCUCCUUCUGCUGUCUCAGUAUUAGCUGGUCCUUCCUCUGUAAUAAGGGAGAGACAGUCCGUCAGUCUGUCCUGCUGCAGUCCUGGACAAUCACUGGGAGUUCUUUGGUUCAAGUCCUCCAGCUCAGAGCCUAAACACACUGGAUCAGAGUGGACCAUCAGCAAAGCUUCACGUGAAGACUCAGGGAGCUAUUACUGCCAAGUCCAGACCAAAGACCAAGUACUGAAGUCAAAAGAGCUGAUUCUUGAUGUACAAUACCCCCCACAGAAAACCAUACUGUCUUCAUUCAUGUAUACUGCAGAGGAAGGUGUUGUCACUCUGACCUGCAGCAGUGAAGCUAACCCUCCUGUCCACACAUACACCUGGUAUAAGGGAGCAGCCUGUGAGUCUGGGGCAGACACUAGUUUUUAUAAGUCUGUCCUGUCUUUGGCCUCGGAGACAGAAGGAGGUCUCACUCUGAGCAGAGUCAACGCGACCUCUGACGUCAGUGAAGAGCUCUGCUGUGUGGCCCGUAACCGACACGGGUCACAGAAGAGCUCCAGAGUCAGCAGGAAAUCAGAAACAUCAAACUCCGGAAAUAGAUUGGUGUUUCUAGGAGUGGCUAUUGCUGUGCUGCUAGCAAUUAUUGCAGUCAUUGCUUUUAUGAUGAAAAGAAAAAAUAAAUCUUCAAGGAACCAGUCAUAUGCUCUAGCUGCAACUACUUCUACAGAACCUUAAACAAAAAUAUUUUGGACUAUAGCUAGUUUUCAAGUUGUGUUUCUGGCACAGUGGCAUUGAAAGAGCAAGGAUUUUUGGAACUACAGUCCACAACCAAAGACAUAGCCAGAUUUGGGUAUUGUACAUACGCAUGUUGUUGAACUGUGUCAUAUUUGUAUAGCUUUAAAUAAGCUCAAACAUGAUAAAGACUGAAGAAAACUGAAGGAGGAGGGAGACCAUGAGGACAGUGACUCGGACAAAAGGACAAUGCACUGAUACAAGAUCCAUCCCACUGCUCCCCCAAGGACUAUUUUUAGAUCAAAACUUGAAGGAAUGGGACCAAAUAAUUAUAACUGCUAUCACUCCACAAUGUAUUUUUAUGUCAUCAGUUGUACCAUUAUAAGUUUAAUUACUUUGAGUCAAUGUUUACUAUUAUGAAUUAGCUGUUUUGUAUCCUACUGUAGGUCUAUUUGCAUUUUUACGUAAAAUAAACGCUUGUACACAAGAGGGCGCCAAACACCUGCUCAUCUUACCAUUAUCCACUUUUUUAAAAUGACGUUUUACCCAGUUUAUCUCCUACCAUUUAACGAUCCAUUUUUUACAAAACGUUUGAAUGAUAAAUUAUUUUACCAUUACCUUUAUGAAACAAGCAACAAGUUUUUAUAUUCUUCUGCAAAUGUUUAACUUGCUUCCUGUAGCUUUUGUAGUUCAAUAUUUAAGAAAAAUACAUUGAAAUAUUUCUUUUGUUUUUUUGUAUUACUGUAUUACUGUACUGUAAGUUUUGCAUGAGGGCAGAUGUAACUGUCAAAGAAAGCUAAACAUGAUUAUACUGAAAAAGACUUGAAUGAGUGGCGAAACAUAUUCACUCUUAAUGAUCCUAUAUUACACAAAAUUGAUUCUUGUGAGCUUUAAGCCAUGUUAUAAUGUUGUUAUCUCAUCAAAAGCAUAUCCGGAGUUAUGUUUUGUUUCAUUCACAUGUUUAAUUAAUCCUUUUUUAUCAGUCUGUUUAUAUGUCUCCAAAUUUCAAAAUUCUCUGCUCUACCUUGUGAUGUCAUGUAGUGGUAGUUUUAAAGUUAAAAGAGUUUACUUUUUGCUCAGUGCAGACUGGUAAAUCCAGAGCUGAAAUGAUCCAAAUCAUUCCGGUGAAGAUGUAUGGAGUUUAAAAACAUAGUGGAACACUUUCUGUAUUUCCACAUGACAUCACAAGGAGGAACAUCUUGAAAAGAAAACAGCGUUAAUAUGUAGGGUUUGUGUGUUAAACGUGUCAAUGAAACAAAACACAACUCCGAGUAUGUUUAUAACAAAUAAAGUAAUAUGGUCCUUUUAACACUUUUGUCCAGCUGACAGAAUACAUUUUUGAUGAUUGAUUAAAAAUAUUUCUACAGUA